AUGAGAUGUGGAAUCCUAGCUCCAAUCUUGCAAGCUGAGUUUGAAAGAGUUCUGCCGACGAAAGAAGUGCAGGUCGCGAAAGGUGCAGUGGAGGUGAGCGUCGAUAGCUCUACAGAGCUCUUGGAAGGACCGAGGGAACCGAAUACGAAUACUGCAAGAAUUGGGUUAAUAAGUCAUAUCGGGGGACAUAAAUUUGCUGGAAAUGUCAUAUUAUACAUUCCACCUGAAGCUAAGAUGAAAGAUGGUGAAGCUCAUCCAUUGGCAGGGUGUGGAAUUUGGUAUGGGAGGGUCGAGCCGAAACACGUAGACGGUAUCGUGCAAGAGACAUUAUUGGAAGGAAAGGUCAUUGAAGAAAUGUUCCGCGGUGGAAUUAGACAAGGCGGUGAAAUUUUGAGGAUAUAA